AUGGGAGUGCUAAGGUUUAAGCACAUUUUCUUUGCGAGCUUCCUUGGAUCCAAGAGAGCACCCCAAGCAGUGUUCACUUUCCUUCUGAUUCCAUGUUGCCUGGCUAUGAAUCUCAGAGCACCUCCUCUUAUUCCAAAUGUUCCUUUCCUCCUGGCCUGGAAUGCCCCCACUGAAGUUUGUAAUCAAAGGUUUAAUGUACUACUAGACCUGAGCCUCUUCAAUUUUAUAGGAAGUCCCCGAAAAGGUUUUCCAAGGCAAGAUGUUGCAAUAUUUUAUGCUGAUAGACUGGGCUACUACCCUCAUGUAAAUGAAAUGACAGGCAAACUUGAGAAUGGGGCGAUUCCCCAGUUGGGAGUCUUAGACUUACAUUUGCACAAAGCUGCAAACGACAUUGACCAGACCGUGCCCGCAAGCCAGCUGGGCUUGGGUGUCAUUGACUGGGAAAACUGGAGGCCUACCUGGGAAAGGAACUGGACACCUAAAGAUAUUUACAAGAAUCUGUCUAUUGAUUUGGUUCGGAAAAACAAUCCACUACUUGGCCUCAUAGAGGCCACCAAGAUUGCCAAGGAAGAAUUUGAAAAGGCAGGAAGGCGUUUCAUGCAUAACACUCUAAAGUUAGUCAAGUCAGUUCGACCAAAUUACUUAUGGGGUUACUAUCUUUUUCCUGAUUGUUACAACCAUCAGUAUACUCAACCUGGAUACACUGGAAGAUGCCCUGAUAUAGAAAAGAAAAGAAAUAAUGACCUUGAAUGGUUGUGGAAGGAAAGCACUGCCCUUUUCCCAUCCGUUUACUUGAAUCGUCAUCUACAGUCUUCUCCACAAGCUGUUCUAUUUGCCCGUUAUCGUGUUGAAGAAGCCAUUCGGAUUUCAAACAUACACAAUCCUAAAAGUCCACUUCCAAUUUAUGUAUAUAUCCGCCCAGUUCUUACUGAUAUAUCUUCCAGGUACCUUACUCUGGAAGACCUUGUGAGUACAAUUGGCGAAAGUGUCGCACUGGGUGUAUCUGGAACAAUAGUAUGGGGAAGCCUCAAUUUAACCUUCAGUAGGCAAGCUUGCAAUAAUCUAGACUUCUUCUUGAAGACUAUCCUCAAUCCUUACUUGAUCAAUGUCACCUUAGCAGCCAAAAUGUGUAGCCAAGUGCUUUGCCAGGAACAAGGAGUGUGUGUAAGGAAAGACUGGAAUUCAAAUGACUAUCUUCACCUGAACCCAACAAACUUUGAUAUUCAAAUUGGGAAAGGUGGAAAGUACACAGUACAGGGGAAACCCACGCUUGAAGAUCUGCAGCAAUUUUCCGAAAAAUUUUACUGCAGCUGUUAUACCGGCUCUGUUUAUAAGAAGAGAAAUGAUAUAAGAAACAUCAGUGCUGUUCAUGUGUGUAUGGCUGCAGAUGUUUGUAUAGAAGCCCUUCUACGCCCAGCAACCCGUGGUCAUGGGAAACCUUCCUGCAACAUCUCAGUGACCACAGCCCAAGCCACGAAGUUUCCAUGUGCUCCUCGGGCAGAUUUCAAUGUACAACAAGAAGGCACUUGCGUAGUUCGAACCAGUUCUGCCCCGGAGAGCUGCCAGUAUGCUAACUGGAAGAACACACUAAUGAUUUAUAUCAUUCAAGGAUACUUUGCUUCAGCCUGGACCCAGGUUCAUAGGCCCAUGCUUGUCUGGGAGAAGGAAUUUGAUGCAUCAGUGGGCUAUCAUCAGGCCUAA